AUGCACAAAGUCUUCUACAUACGGGAGGUUGUCGAUAUGAUUUUUCGGGAGGUCCGCGGUUGCCCCUGGACAGAGCAGCAUCCUACGCGGGCGCUCGCGAUUCUGGCGAGAACAUGUCGUGCUUUCCACGACGUUGCCCUAAACAUGCUUUGGGAAGAGCUCGACGACCUUUCUCCGUUGAUUCGCUCGUUACCUGAAGACGUGUACUCUAAACAGUCAAGCAGCAAGGUCACCGUCUACCGCCUGAGGAAAGCUCUCAACCGCAGCCACUGGGCUACGUUGAUGAAAUAUGCUCGGUUCGUCCGUAGGCUGGGGUCAACACGGAGCGACGACGUCGUAGUCGACGUGCCGUUCAUGCAAGCGCUAUGUCACCCGCCGUCAAGUGGGCCACUUCUCGAAAACCUUCGCCACAUGUGCUGGACAGACAGUCGGCGAGAAGCAUUCCCUCUCAUCCGGUCUAUUGCGGGCUCGCGACUCGCCUCUCUCCGUCUAGAAACGUAUCCCAUGCGCUGGGGCUCUUCCGAACUCAGCAUCCUUACCACCCUUCCGCACGUCUUCCCCUCCAUGGAGCUCGUGUUUAUUCCCGAGCCCUACAACAUCCAUGAGGCCGCAGAACUCACCGAAGUCCUUUGCGGUUGGAACCAACUCCAAGUCGUCACCUGCGGAACGCUCACCACACGCGCAAUAUUACACUUUGCCCGGCUAGCCUCGCUCUUCAAGCUCUCCUUCCGGAUGCCCGAGACGCCACCUGACUUUUCGGUCCUCUCCAUCGACACGUCGGCCUUCCAUGCCAUGAAGGAGUUUAUGAUUGACACCCCAGACAUCGACGUCGUCGAGCUGUUCCUCUGCCAUCUACACGUCGCGCUUGAACAGAUGUCCGUAUAUCCUGCGUCAAGGACGUCGUCUUCCUCUCUACACUCCUACUUUACGACCCUCGCCUCGCACUCUUCGGUAGAACACAUGUCCUCCAUCGUCGUGCACCAGGUAUUUGACAUAGAACCGCCACGACCUACUCCCGACCCCCACGCCAUCACCCUCCAGACUCUAUUCCCUCUGACCAGCUUCCCAAACCUCACCUCCAUCUUCAUCGACAUCGACUGCCCCAUCAACCUCUCCGACGCGUGCCUAGACAGCCUCGCCAGCGCCUGGCCACACCUCGAAUCCCUCUCCCUCAACGAAACCGGCGGAUGGCGCCCCCCACCCGGCCACAACACCAUCGGCAUCACCCCCCACGGGCUCCUCCCCCUCCUCUCCAAAUGCCCACACCUCACCUCCCUCUCCCUGCACCUCACCACCGCCUCCCUGCCCGCCUCCGUCUCGUGCGCCCAGCGCCCAGGGCGCGGCACCGCCAACGCGCGACUCGACGCGCUCAACGUCUGCGACUCGCCCAUCACACACACCGCCGUCCCCGCCCUCUCCGCCUUCCUCUCCGACGUCCUCCCGAACCUGCACAACAUCUUCGCAUGGCACUCGGACGUGCUCGUCGCGCACCCCGACGCCGGCUCGUACCGCGCCACGUGGCGCGAGGUCGAGCUCAGCGCGCGCAACUUUGCCCGCGUCCGCGAGCAGGAGAAGCGCUGGCACUCUGGCGAAAGGGCCAGUGUCGAUGCGCCGUCGCCGCCGUGUUCUUCAGCAUCAGGGUAG